GUAUUAACAAUAUAAUUAUAUUCACGUUGUACCUAAAGUUGUCGCUCGUACGUUUAUCUGUACGUAGUUCGCAAAAAGUGCGAAUGUUUGAAGUCAUUUGGUGAUGAUAAUUAGUCUAUAAAAGACGUGUUUCAUGUUGUGCUGAAUUAAAAAAAGCAGGAUGACAGGAGCUGAAGUUAAGCAGAGAAUGGUUAACGGCAGCAAGGGAGAGAAGAAGAAAGCAGUAAAAGGAGAGAAGACACAGAAGUAUUGGGAGCCAUUAACAGAUGGAGUGAAAUGGAUAGAAAAGUAUGGUGAAGGUCUGGAGAGUUUCUUCGAAAGACUGCCAGACUUCAUCUCGACGUUCAUAGCAACACUAGCCAUAUUCACGUUUGGAGCCACGCUGCGAGGAGAAUGGGUGGUGAUCCUGGUAACAGCGCUGAAGCAGCUGACUGGUCAGACACAGAACACCACGAAUGCUACAGCCGUCCUGGAGCUGUUCUCCUCCAGGAACCUGAAGUUGGAGAACUUCAGCAUGUUCUUCAUUGGAGCUCACAUCGUGUCGUUGACUACUUACUUCCUCAUCGGAGGUUUCUUGCAUUGGUACUUCUACAUGAACAGAAGACACCGUGCCAAGGAAUGGAAGAUCCAGCCUAACAAGUGGCUCUCCCCUGAGCUGGAACGCCAUGAGAUCAUGGUUGGCACCAUGUCGCUCCUCAUCGUCGGUAGCUUCUCAGCUUUCCUCGCCUGCUACAUCUACAACGGCAACCCUUCCACCGUCUACUUCCAGUUCGACGAGUAUGGCUGGUUGUGGUUCUUCUUGCAGUUCCCUAUCAUCUUCUUGUAUGCUGACUAUACGACGUACAUUCUCCAUCGCUUGUACCACACCCCGUGGCUGUACAAGCACUUCCACAAGCUGCACCACAAGUACAAGCAGCCGACUGCAUUCUCCGUGACUGCCAUCCAUCCCGUCGAGAUCCUGCAUGUCCAGCUCACCAGCUGUCUGCCAUUGUUCACCAUGCCUGUGCACUGGCUGCCAUUCUACUCGGUGGCCAUCUACGUGUACUACCACGGCAUCAUCGACCACUCCGGCAUCAACUUCAAGGCCCAGUGGUGGCAGCCGUGGCAGCCUGACGCCGAGUUCCACGACCAGCACCACGAGUUCUUCCAUUGCAACUUCGGGUUCAACAUGUCCUUGUGGGAUAAGUUGCACGGUACGAUGAGGAAGCAGAACCGUGCAUACACUGAAGAUACGUACCACGGUGAGGCUCCAAGUAUCGACAGUGCUGAAGGUAAAGCCAUCUUGGCAGAAAACCCCGACCUUAUCGACAGCAAGGUCCUAAGAGAGGAGAUCCCUGAAGUAAUCCAGAAUAUCAAAACAUCUAAGACUGAAGUUGACACAAAGAAGACUAAGUAAACUGUUGGUGUAGGAAACACGUUCUUUAUUGAUAAUUAUCAUCCUGUAAGAUGUAACUUAUGUCAGGAUUUAAAUUAUCUCGUUCGCCAAAGUUCUGUCCUAACUGCUAGUGGUUUGUAAAAGAAUUGCUAUCGGUUUUGAAUUCAGAAUGGUGAUUGAGGUGCAAUUGGAUCAAUGGUUAGAUACACGCUGUAUCUUAGGUAUGCUUAAGUAUUUUUUCUACUGCUUUAAUGUCUAGAGCAUUUAGAUUGUAAAUCUUAUGGUUUUCAAUGUAGCCGGGAACUGCUGCUGAUAACACCGUGAAUUCUAUUGUUUAUACAUCAAAAUAUAUGGAAACAAUAGUGUUUAUGUAAUUAGUUUCUUGGCUUACAUUGUGAUAAAUGUUGAUAUUCAUUAUUUUAAGACUAUUGUUGAUAAUGUAAAAAUACAUAGAUUGUACCAUUUUUAUUUAUUAAAAUAAUGUUAAAACGAAA